CUCCUCAUCACACGCUCUCACUCUCUAUCCCUCACUGUUCUUCACCGAGCCCACCAUUUGUGUCGCGUCUCCUGUUUUCCCUCCCACGCUCUUCGCUUCCUUCCUUCUUCUCAUCCUCCUCUCUAAGGAGCCUCGGAGACAACUGAGGCGCGCCUUGUCAAAAUCUCAGAUUUUCAAGAGUGAAACGUUGAAAAGAUGAAUCACUGUGGCUACCAGAUGAACUCCUUGACAAGCUGCGAUGAGAGGAGGAUGGAACCUGUUGUCUGCCCCAAACCUCGUCGGUUAAAUCUCCUAAACAUCCCCAUUGAUGAUCAUAUCAGACCCCUGAAACGGUCAAUCAACAGCAACCAGUCUGAGAUCGAAGACUUGGGAGUUGGGGCAGAGCUUAUGAAUAUAAUUUUCUCUAAGGAAAGCUACAAGGGAAGAUUUGAGAGCCAAAUGGCUUAUUCACCACCAUUUUUCUGUGGAUCUCCACCUAGCAGGGCUUCAAAUCCUGUAAUCCAAGAUGAACAAUUUGGUAAUGAGACUUUUAACCCAUCUUCUUUGGCACCCAUCUCUCCAUCCUCUUCUUCAGCUCGAGGUUGUGUUCAAAUGAAAUUUGAUCUCAAACCAGCAGCCGUGAGGAUCGAAGGUUUUGAUUGCCUGAACAGAGAUAGGAGCCCUUGCAGUAUAUCUGCUGUAGCAUAAAUAAAUACCUUUUUCAAAAACAACAAAGCAAAGAAACAACUAGAAUAUAAAGAAAGAUUACUGAAGUUAGAGGAGAUUCUGGGACGGAGAAGCUUUUUUUUUUUUUUUAAGUUAGUGUUUUUUGUUUUUGCUUAGCUGCUUUUCUUAAAGUAUUAUUCAUGUAUUAUAUGGAUGUAUGUAUAUAUGGUCUCUGGAAGCUAUUGUUCAUGAGUGAGAAGAAGUUGCCAAGUAUGAUUGAAAUUUUUGAAGAAAGGUUUUUGUUUUCCUUUUGAAGAAUAAAGGAAGACGAGAUGGGGGGAGAGAGAGAGUCUAAAGUGGUAAAGUGUCUCUUCUGUCUUCACCUCCCUUGUUAGUUUUCAUGGGUCUUAGAGAUUGAAGGAGUUUGCAACUGUCAAGUGUUUGUUUCUCAGAAACUCAGAUCCUCCAUUUGUAAUUUUGCCAUCUUGGCUUGGAGGAAAUUGAGAAUUAUUAUUCUUUGGGGUCAUGUAAAUUAUUGUUAUUAUUAUUAUUUUUUGUGGGGACGCUGUUUGGAGGUGUUACCUAUUUGAUAAAUUCAACGUGUUGUGUUGUAUGUACAUAAAGUGUCACCUAAAGCAAAGCUCUUGUUUGUAUAUUAUGUUGUACUUUUUAGGAGGAUCAGAGGAAGUUUCAAAGCAUUGUAUGGCCAAUUCUGUGUAUUUGUCUUGUU